UGCUUCCAAAGAGCCGAGCGGGGCUCUUGCGGAGGAAGAAGGGGACUUCAUCCAGCUGGAUUAGGUUCUCGUGACGCCUGCCGGGCUAUCUAUCCUCUUUUCCCAGGCCUGAGUUCAGCUCUCAGACACCCUGUGCUGGUCCCUGGGGAGCAGCGGUCCCCGAUGCGGCCGUGCAGUGGACCGGGCACUCACCUGCUGAGGCAGGAGGCCAGGUGGGGAGGAGGAGGGAGUCGUUUCCACUUGGAUUCAUGCUCUGAGAAGAGAACACACCCAUCAGAGACGAAGCAGGGUCCAAAAUGGCAGGCCGAGGGUGGGGAGGUACUCACCAGAGCUGCGGCUGCCUCCCCAGUUACUGGGUGGCCUUGGACACAGGCCUGUCCCUCCUGAGACUCCUUCUGUCUCCAUGGGGAGAGGGAGUGACAAUCAUUCUCCCCUUCCAGUCCCAUGAGGACACUCGCCAGAUGCUCUCUCGAAAUACGAGUCUCUGCUCGUUGCGGAACGGCGUUGUUGGGGCCGAUGUCCGAGAGCCGACUAAUGUCUGGGCCUCGGACUGUUUGAUGUGACUAAAACCUGCAGGCAGACGAGUCUAGUUUAUCAGUCCCAUCGAGAAAGGCGUAAUAACAAAAUUGAGACUGAGGUCCUCCUCUUCCUGAGUGUUGGUUCACAUCAAACACAAACCAGUUUGUUCCCGGAGAUGAGUUUUACCCUAGCAUAAUAAUGCCUUCCGUUGAUCAAAGCUGCUUUCAUCUUUGAUCUCGAGUGCCCUGAUCAUAGAUGGUGGGCACACUGUCCUAUUUUAUAGAUGAAGAUAUUAAGACCCAAGUUAAGUUUCCAAAUCUGUGAUGGAGCUAGAACCAAGAGCUUUCGUCUCCUGAUAGCAUCUGGAAAGUUCUUCCUUGUUUUCGAUGCAUCCUCUGACACCAAGGGAAACUAACAAAAUGUUAAGCAUCUUGGACUUUUAAUCACAGUCUUCCUAAUAAGGUAAGAAGACGAUGUAAAAUACAGAUUUAUAUCUUCAAAUAUCCUUAAGAGCAGGUCCUCUCUGUCGGGAGCCCCACCCGUCCCAGGUCACGUGCGAGGCAGGAGCGUCCCAGGGAGACCACGUUCUCCACCCAACACCGCUGGCGGUUUCACUGAGACCCGGAUUGCUCAACGUUUACUGAGGUCUCCGUGCCGUUCCCGCACAGAGAUGAAACAGCAAUCCUCCAUCAAGACUUCGUUGCAAAAGAAGUUAGACGGAUGGGACAUUGCCCUGUGUAAAAGAAGUUAGAUGGAUGGGACAUUGCCCUGUGUGUCUCUCUCUCCAUCUGGGUCCCCUGGCUCGGGAGUGGGCUGGGGAGGCCGAUGUGCCCCGCCGAGGGAGGUGUUCGUCUGGCUGUCGUCUAGGGAAGGACAGACUCCGUCUGUCUGAGGGGCUGAGCCAGAGAGAGCUGAAAUUUAUACAGCUCCUCGGGAGAGUGAAGGACCCCAUUUCAUAGAUAGAGGCACAGGUGGUUGGAAGUCCUGGGGAUGUGGAGGGACCAAGAGGAGAUGUGCUUGAGAAAGACACCCCAGGGAUUCCAGUGCCAGCGUCCCCUCAGAGCCUCGGGUCUCACUUGCUAAGGACUUGGGAAUAGUCCUUGCGGGUUGAGCUCUUGGUCUACACUCUGCUUCUCAGAGCAGUGGGCAGAGAUGGCUUCCUUCCAGAGAUCACAGAAGACUGGGGGCCACAUGCUCCCUGGCACCCCCACAGCUCUCGGGCAGGACUCCGCACUCCUCCCCCAUGUCCUCACGAAAAGCUUGACCCUAGUGAUGGAGCAGCCCAGAGGAAUCACGGAACCCGAGGAGAGGUAUUCUGGGGGGACAAGAAGCCCCUUCCUCCGAAAUCACACAUGGAACCUUGGUGUCGUAAACAGUACCACCGGGCGCCGGGUUCUGCGUGCGUCCAGGCCCCUCGCUUGCUCAGAGAUGCCAGCAGCAGCGGGCCACAUCUUCCAUCUAUAGAUCUGGAUGCCACCCUGGGCUGGAAAUUUUAAGGAUGCCAUGGGUCCACCCUGGUAGAAUUCCAAGCAAUUCUCCUAUAUCCGCCUCUACUGGCCUGCCCUGUGGGAGGAGAGCCUGACAGCAGCCCCAGAGGAGCACAGAAAGGAAGGCCAGAUAGUCCCCCUCUCCUCCAGGACCUGCUGUGGCCACCAAGGGAGGUUCUCUUUCCCUUCCCAGCCAUGGUCUCUGUGAGAAGCUUCCAAGGGGGCACCUCAGCUCUCAGGGCGCAGGGAGGCUGGCAGGCCUCCGAUGGCCCCCACGCAAGGUUGCUCCAGCAUCUCCAGGGCGGGUCCUGCCACUCCGGUUCCUGCAUUUCUGGUCUGUCACUGGUCUGUCCCUCUCUGGGAGGAGGAUUUCGCCCAAGGACAUGGGGAGGGCGGAGAGCCUUACCCCUCCCUCGCUCCAACUGCAGAAAAGGAGGGGGCUCCCAACCCAUGGCAAGGCUGCCACGGGAGCUCUGCCCUCACACAGACUGGCCUGCCUGUCCCGGUCCCUGGUCCCCAGCUCGGACGUGAGCCCUUUGAGCCGGUCGGCAGCCAGGUCGGCAGCUCCGUGACAGGUGUGACGACAUGGCCGAGGAGUUGUCUGCGGAGCAGGUGGCUGAAUUCAAGGCGGCUUUCUCCCGAUUUGACAAGAAUGGGGACGGCACCAUCGACACCCAGGAGCUGGGUGCCGUGAUGCAGGCCCUGGGCAAGAAUCUGUCAGAAGCGGAGCUAAAGGAGCUCAUCGCCCGUGUGGACACGGAUGGCGACGGCGUCAUCAGCUUCCAGGAGUUCCUGGCAGAGAUGGCCAAGAGGAUGAAAUCCCAGGGCGGCGAGCAGGACAUACGGGAGGUCUUCCGUGCCUUCGACCUGGACGGCAACGGCCGCAUCAGUGUGGACGAGCUCAAGCAGGCCAUGGCCAAGCUGGGCCAGACGCUUUCCCAGGAGGAGCUGGAGGGCAUGAUCCAGGAGGCGGACACGAACAAGGACGGGCAGGUGGACUACGAGGAGUUCCUGCGCAUCCUCUCCCAGAAGUGAGGCCCCGCCCCGGCCCGUCUCCUGCUCCUCCUGCCUUCUCGGGGCCUCCGCUUCUGCGGCGGGGACGUCCGGGGGCGGUCUGGGCGGUGGUGGGGGGCGGAUUACCCACUCUCUCUCGGGCCUGGGGUCUGCGCUCUGUGCCCGGCGAGACCUCAGAGCGGCUCCUGUAGAGAAGCGGGGAUCCCCCGCUGCACUGGGCUGUCGUGAGGAAACCCGA